AUUUGAAGAAAUGACGUCAUGUGAUUUUGUUGCUGGGUGUAUAGGGGGUAGCGCUGGAGUAGCUGUGGGUCAUCCUUUAGAUACACUCAAGGUUAAACAGCAGUUUGGCAAGGGAGGUACACUCUGGGAGGUUGCAGUAAAAAGCGUCAGAACUGAAGGAGGCGCUGGACUGUUCAAGGGUUUACUUGCACCAAUGUUAACAGCUGGAGGUUUAAACUCUCUAUUCUUUGGUGUAUAUGCUGUUUCACUUCAAUACAUACAGGGUGUGGACAGGGUUCUCUCCUAUCCUGAUAUAUUUCUAGCUGGUUGUCUGGGUGGAGGAGCUCAAUUGAUAGUUGGAUGUCCGAUAGAACUUAUUAAAGUUAAACUGCAGACUCAGCGCUUAAACAAAUUCAGUGGGCCCUGGGACUGCAGUAAACAUAUUUACAAAUAUGAGGGUGUUCGAGGUGUGUACCGAGGAUUAACCCCCUUAGUCUGGAGAGACGGGCCUGGGUUCGGUCUCUAUAUGGUCAUUUACGAGUACGGAUUGCAUUUGCUUGGAGGUCGAGAGAAAACUGGAAAAAUGGAACAAUUCAUUUCAGGCGGUGUUGCUGGCAUGAUGGCCUGGUUGUCGGUUCUUCCCUUUGAUGUUCUCAAAUCCAGGCUGCAGGCAGAUGACCCAGCACGACCUCGGUACAAAAACAUGGUGGACUGUGCCAGACAGAGCUACGCUACUGAUGGAGCUAAAGUGUUCACAAGAGGAUGGUUGGCCAUGUCUCUGAGAGCCUUCCCGGUGAAUGCCAUCACGUUCCUUGUAUAUGAGUUCCUGUUGGAGAAUUGUACUAAUAUACAGAAACAUGUAUAGUUCCUUGUAUAUAAGUUCCUUUUAGAGAACUGUACUAGAAUACAGAAACAUGUGAAGUUCCUUGUAUAUUAGUUCUUGUUGGAGAACUAUACUAGAAUACAGAAACAUGUAUAGUUCCUUGUAAAUGAGUUCUUGUUAGAGAACUAUACUAGAAUACAGAAACAUGUAUAGUUCCU